AUGGGCAACCUAGCAAUUCAGAUUAAUCAUUUCAGUUUAAUAAACGCAUGGACUCUCGAGAAAAAGUUACUAAUAUGGAGAACAGUAGGGCUGGUAAGACCUAAAGUACAAACGUCGCGAGAUGUUUUGAUAGAAAUCAAAUAGAUGUUUGACAGAGAUACGCAAUGACUAAAGCUUUCUGUUUUCAUAGUCUGCUUGCAUAAUAGGCACCGUGGUGUACAUGCGGCCAUUGGAGCCAUACAUAGAGGCUCCGAUCUUCGGAAUUUUGGUACCCACGUUCAUAACAGGUUAUAUGCUGAUACACUCGUCCGACAUUUUGCUUCUAGCGAUGAGGAAAGAUUAUAUGUUCCUCUAUCCCGGAAUUAGUGCUAGCCCUAGCCUUCCUCCUCCAUUUCGUCUGUCUGUGCGCCGUGAUGACUCACCGUAUUCUCGAACUGUACCGAACUCGGAUCGAUCGCGGACAAUUAUAAUUCAAAUGCAUCCUGGCGUGGGCGAAAUCAUUCGAUAUCGAGUAAGUACAAAAGUUUCGCGAAAUAGCGAGCGAAGAUUUACAAAGAGAAACUUGGCUCAUCAAAUUCUCUACGCAGCUGAGGAAGAAUUCGAAAGAAUGGCGAACGGAAUGAGUCAGGGACGAAGAUCCAUCGCUCACACCUAUUUCGUCUAGUCUCGCAUGAACAGA